AUGCCCCGGCGUCGCCCCAGCUCCUGUGCCCAGCAGGUGGCGCCCGAGGGGCUCCCUGGCGGUGGCGAUCGCAGACGGAGAGACCCGCUGCUGCCGAGGCUGCUGCUGCCCGAGCUCCAAGCAGCCUCUGGCGCGGGGGCCUCCGGGGGCUCCAGGGCUUCGGAGGGCGGCGCCGAGUGGUGGGAGGCCCCCGCGUCUUCCUCAGCAUCACAACAUCAAAGGGGUGUGUCAGAACACUCUGGAAGUCCUCCUCAGUGUCCCCGCUACUCCUUCCUCCCAGACCUGGAGGGCCAGUCAUUGUACUUCAAGAAUAGUCUUAAGAAGAUUUUGCUCCAUCAGAUACCUGCCCUGGGGCCCUUCAGGAGAGAUCACUCACAAUUCACCACGGUCGAGAAGACCAAUCAGCCCCACGCUACACAGGCCCCCAAGCUCAAGGCUGUGCUCACCCACAAUUCCUCGGGGAAAGGCUCAGGGCACCGCAGGCGGUGUUGCCCUUUCCACGUGCGGUUUGCGGAUGAGACGCUACGGGACACAGCGCUCCACUACUGGGAACGCAGCUGUGCAGUCCGGCAGGGCAUCCUCGAGAACAGGACAGCCAGCGGGUCAGCAGCGUUGGAGCAGGUGUUCGGGAGUGUCGGAAGAUGGCUGGAGAGUUUGCCCAAAGCCCUGUAUCCCAGGGCCAAGGAGGACACCAUGGCCAACUCAUUCGGCUGGGACUUCCCUGGCCUGUCCACCCUGGAGCCGAAGGGCCACCUCUCUGAGGACACCGCUAUGAACAGCAGCCUGCCCUUCAUCCCCAGAGGCAGCGGGGGGACCUCAAAACCUUUCUGGAGCAGGAGUCCUUCCUGCCCAGCUUGGUGUUGCACACACGGUCCUGAAACAAGGCCGCCCUAAGGGGCACCAGCUCCUCCUGCC